CUCAGCUUUAGGUGGUCAGGCUCGCUCGAGCUCGGCUCAUUGGGACCGACAGCCCUCCGCUGAGAGCCUCAGGUUCAUCUCCUCCCUAGGCUCAGGACCUUUCCCUUCUCUCGGACUCUCUCCUCCCUUGCUCUUCCUUCCCUGGCGGCGACGACUGGGCGAGCGGCGGCGCCAUUUGUCUUCGCCCAGCCCUUUGCCGGCGACGAGCGCAUCCUCCAGGUACAGAGAUUGAAAUAUGGACAACCUGUGGCAUCUUGGAGAUGAGCUCCGUGGCCAGCCAAUGGUUCUGGAGGACCGCCAGUGGUCGCUCAUGACCUCCAAGCUCGCUGAGAUCACCAAGUCCAAGGGCGAGAGGAUGAACGACCUUGACUAUGCGCGCAUGAACACCGUCCCUGAGGUCAAGCAGUGGGAUAAGAUGUCCUACCACCACGAUGAGCCCAGGAUGGAUCACAUCAAUCUUGGCCUCAUGAACCUGGAUCUGAAAAUGAAUGAUCUGAAGAUGAAUGAAGCUGCCAUGAAGAACUCUUUCCGCAACAUGGGUUAUAACAUGAACCCAGUGUACCCCAAAGGAAACAAUGGCAAUAUUAAUGCGUUCAAGAUGAAUGUUGGGGUCACCAAGUAUUCCAACAGUCCUAGUGUCAAAGAGGCCAAUGGAAAAAACAAUGGUGGCAACAACCAUGGAAGCAACAGCAAUGGGAACACCAACAGCAACUCUGCUGUUGACAAGCGCUUCAAGACACUGCCGACGAGUGAGAUGCUACCAAGGAAUGAAGUCCUUGGUGGGUACAUUUUUGUCUGCAACAACGAUACCAUGCAGGAAGAUCUCAAGAGGCAGCUUUUUGGGUUGCCAGCAAGAUAUCGGGAUUCAGUCCGAGCAAUUACUCCUGGGCUGCCUCUUUUCCUCUAUAACUACACGACUCACCAGCUUCAUGGGGUAUUUGAGGCUGCCAGUUUUGGUGGGUCCAAUAUUGAUCCCACGGCAUGGGAGGAUAAGAAGUGUAAAGGUGAAUCCAGAUUCCCAGCACAGGUGAGGAUCCGCAUUAGGAAGCUCUGCAAGCCGUUGGAAGAGGAUUCUUUCAGGCCAGUUCUGCAUCAUUAUGAUGGCCCAAAGUUUCGCCUUGAGCUCUCCAUCGCGGAGACCUUGUCGCUGCUAGACCUGUGCGAGAAGGAAGGCAUCUGAGCUGUUGGGAAGGUGGUUACUUUGAGCUUCAAGUAAAUAUUAAUCAUCCUUGUAUGUUUUGUGGAUGGUGGUUGGGCAAUGCUGUUUGUUUUAAGGGCAAGCUGCUGCUGGUUUCAUUUUCCCUACCUGGAAGGAAGGAAGGAAGGAAUGAGAAGACCUGGUACUUGGAAGGCCCCUCAAAAAAGCAAGCUGUGAGGCUGUCUGUGUACUGCGUUGCGUCGUCCUGAACCGAAUCAAUCUUGGGUUGGAGAUGUGUAUGUUUUGCUGUCUAUGUGUCCUAGUAGAGUGAGUAUACCUGGGCAGAAUUGGACCCCAAAAGAUGGGGCCCUGUACACUGUGUAAUGGUUAAGAUGCAUGCGUCAUGGCGCCCCAAAGUAAGGGCCGAUGAUGUCGUCGUUCCAAGUGUGUAUUUUGUGGUGUUGUACCUUGAACCUCCUUUGCAUUUGCCUUAAUGCUCCCUUUUGCACUGUCAGAGAGUGUUGGCUA